AUGGACGUGCAGCUCUGGGUGCCCUACGACGACCCAACUACCCUUUAUUACCACCUGGGUGAUCCCGGUAUAUACGGGAUGGCGGGUGUUGCAGGGCCUGGAAUUCCCAGGACUCGAAUUGAGAGGACCCUGUGCCUCUGUUUGAUGAGUUUUCGCGCUCCUCUUCGUGAUCAGGCGUGGCGGAAUGCGGCCAAAAACGGGCUCCCGAAAUGGCAUACGAAUUUUGAUAGCGAUCGCGCUCAGAUCGUAGUAGUGGAAUUACCACGGGACCUGGACGUGGACGAUGCUAACUCCGAAUCCGCUAGUCCUGAGCAGUCAACCUCUGAGUACCUCACAUCCUCGUCUCCCAUCACCAGCGGCCCUCGGGUGGCCACUCGAGCGGCCGCUAGCUGCGCGCCACUAUCCAGUCCGUAUCACCACGAGAGUUCUUCGGAUUCCGAGGCCGACCCUACCGCAUCUGCAGGACGGAAGCGGGGGUUCAGCCAGGUCACAUCGUCCCCUCCAACCCAACGGUCUGCACCGCGAGCAGAUCGCCAAGGGAACCAAACCGGGCAAUCUCGCUCCCAUGAUGCUCCAUAUUGCACACAAAAGUGUCUUCUCGGGCUACAGCUAGGUGGCACGCUUGAUCCUAAGUGCCCUAACUCGGAGCUGCAUAUGCUUGGUGGAAGGGCGGACCGCCAUCCGAUCGGUGCAACUGACUUGGUGAAAAAGCUCAAGGUGCAGCUUGACCAGGAUCUGGAUCAUAACUGCACCCCUAUCGGCCCUUGGGACAACAUCGAGACUCUGGGGGAGGUCUCGCGUGAAGCAGACGUCUACCGGGUCCUCCAGCGUGCCCAAGGAUCGGCUGUUCCCGUCUUUCUCGGGGCGAUCAAUUUGGCCCAAACCUACUUCCUCCACGGCGCGGGAAGGAUCCGUCAUAUGCUUCUGAUGGGCUGGGGUGGUGAGAGCGUGGGCCAUAAUACUCUCGACAAGGCCAUCCAACUGGCGAUUCACCAAUCGGUGAAGGAGAUCCGCUCUUUCGGCGUUGUUCAUCAGGAUCUUCGUCCGGACAACAUCCUGUGGAAUGCUGAGCUCGAGCGAGCCCUGAUCAUCGACUUUCAUCUGUGCACCUUGGACCGUCGACCGUUGCACAAUCGGCCAGGUGCUCUCAAACGCUUACGGUGUGGUCGUGAAGAACGUCACUCAAAGCGGGUGCGUGUGGUAUGA